UUGCAUUUUUGAUACAGAUACUGUAUAUCAUAUUUGAAUAAAUUUAGUUCGUCAUGGCUUUACAGCUAUCUGACCAAUUGGUAACUGGAAAUACAAAUGAGAUAGAAUAUGCUGGAGUUCGAAUUGCAUUGGAAAAUUGUUUAUUUCCUCAAGAUGCAAUAGAUGAAACUCCUUCUCAAAAAGAUGGUUUGGAUAAGUCUACUGAAAAUGAUCUAAGACGAAUAGGAUGCGAAUUUAUUCAAAUAGCAGGAAUAAUGCUGAAAGUGCCACAGGUUGCAAUGGCCAGUGCGCAAGUUUUAUUUCAAAGAUUUUUCUUUGCCAAAUCAUUUGUUAAACAUAAAAUGGAAGAGAUAGCAAUGGCAUGCAUUUGGUUGGCAUCAAAAGUGGAAGAGUGUCCAAGACGAGUUCGAGAUGUAAUAAAUGUUUUUCAUUAUUUGAGACUCCAAAGAAAUAAAUCACCGGCAACUCCAAUGGUUUUGGACCAAGAUUAUGUUAAUUUGAAAAAUAAUGUAAUCAAAGCUGAACGAAGGGUUCUCAAGGAACUUGGGUUUUGUGUACAUGUUAAACAUCCGCAUAAGAUAAUUGUGGUUUAUCUGCAAGUUCUGGAAUUGGAGAAAAACAGGGAACUUGUUCAAACUGCCUGGAACUACAUGAAUGACUCUCUACAAACAACAGUAUUUGUGCAAUAUAAUCCUGAAACAAUCGCUUGUGCUUGUAUAUACCUGGCUGCCCGUGUCUUACAGAUUCCACUUCCAAAUAAAACACAUUGGUUUUACUUAUUCAAUGCUACUGAAGAGGACAUUCAGAAAAUUUGUGUUACACUGCUAUGCGUAUAUCAGACUAUGAAAACACCAUAUGAAGUAUUAGAGAAAAAGGUUGAGGACUGCAGAGAGGUUUUGCAAAAGGAAAAACAAAAAGUAAAAGAUGCCAUAUAUGGUGAAGGGGUCAACAAAUCUGCAGCGAACUCACCAGCUUCAAGGCCCUCCAGCCCUGCCACAAAUACUCCCAAGGACUCAAAACAACAGAGUGGUCGAUCUUCUACAGUUCCAACUAAUCGUGAACAAAGUAAUUCAGUAUUGGCAAAUGGAGAUAAGAAAAGAAAUAGAGAUGACAGCAGGAUACGAAGGAGUCAUGAUUCGGGAAUUAAAAGGUCUCGUACUAGAUCUGCGUCAACUAAUCGCUCCAGUAAACUUCGGAAGCAAUCUUCUAGUACCAGUUCAUCUUCUGGAGAUAGUUCGCCUGAAAGACGUGAGGGGCGGAAUAAGGGUCGUUCCUCUGAUAUGUUACCAAAAUCAUAUUCUCAUCAGAAUAGCAAUAGGCUUUCAGAAGAAGAGAGACGAAGGAGGAGGCGAAGAAAAGAAGGAAAAUCCAGGCAUUCCAAACCGAGACAUGAUGAAAGAGAUGGACAUAAAAGCAGAGACAGUUCUCGUAGUCGUCGCCAAGAUAGUGCAAACAAAAAGCACAAAAGAAAGCUUUCUACUGGUGAUGUUUCACCUAAUACCCUGCCACUUAACCAUGUAAAUGGGGACAGUCCUUCAUCUAGAAAAAGUCACAAACACAGAUCAGAUCGUGAUUCUCGUAGGAAAAAGAAGUCUCGGCAUUCCCCAUCUCACAGUUUAAAAAGGUGACAAGCGUAUUUUUUAAGGAAUGUAUUUUAGGUAAUCUUACCAUUGCAUUAUCGCCAUGUCCACUUAACUGUAUGUUACCUCUUCACAAUUCUGGCCAAUCUGAACUGCAAUUAGUAAAAAUUACUUGUGACAUUUUGUGUUUUCUCAUUUUGGAACUUCUUUUCUAUGGAUUAUAUUGUAUCGCUACUUGAGUACACACUUUCCUAAUUCUGCAUUUGAUUGAAAGAUCUCUCUCCCUUUAUUUCUAUCUGUGUGUGGUGUACUGUGUACAGUUUUCUUACUUGUACAAAUUUCAUUUUGAUAAAUCAAGAAAAUUAUUACUAAGAUUAAAAUUGUAAAA